UAUUUGGACUAACAUAAUCCAGUGUGGGAGGUAAAACUUGUCUUGGAUGACAAUUGAACCAUAUACUGUGUUUAUUGUUGUGUUAGUAGUUUGCGUACUCCCCUCACAGCUGGAUUUUUAAAAUUGAAAGGGCCUUUUUGAUUUCCUGCUCUUUUUGCAUGGAAAGUACGUACAGAUUAUGUAUUUGGUGAUACAGUGCACUGCAGUGUCUGUAUGUCGUUUUACUCGAGUGGACCCAACGACCGGAGACAAAUUCCUUGUGUUCCAGCAUGGUGCGCAAAGUGGCAGUGAUUGGCGCCGGCCCGUCGGGUCUGACCGCGGUCAAGGCUUGUUUGGAGGAAGACUUGCAGCCAACCUGCUUCGAGAGUAGCGAUGACUUAGGAGGGCUAUGGAAGUUCAAGGCAAUAUCUGAGCCCAACCGCGCCAGCAUCUACCGCUCCCUCACCAUCAACAUCUCCAAGGAGAUGAUGUGCUACAGCGACUUCCCCAUCCCGGCCGACUACCCCAACUACAUGCACCACUCCAAGAUCCUCAACUACUUCCGCAUGUACGCCGACCACUUCAAACUGCUGCAGCACAUCCGCUUCCAGACCGCGGUGAAGAGCGUCAGGCCGAGGCCGGACUACGCCCGUACGGGGAAGUGGGAGGUCGUGACUCAGAAGCAAGACGGGAAGGAGGAGACGCACGUGUUCGACGCCGUCAUCUGCUGCUCGGGACACUACACCUACCCCAACUUGCCCCUGCAAGACUUCCCGGGACUGGAUAGUUUCCAAGGCCGCUACUUUCACAGCUGGGACUACAAGGGUCCCGAGGACAUGCACGGCAAGCGCGUGGUGGUGGUGGGCAUCGGCAACUCGGGCAGCGACAUCGCCGUGGAGAGCAGCAAGUUCGCCGAGGAGGUGUACAUGAGCACCCGGCGGGGGGCCUGGGUGAUCCGCCAGGUAUCCGACGACGGACUGCCAGUGGACAUGAAGUACAACACGCGCUUCGUCCACAUCCUCUUCCAGCUCUUCCCCAUCAACUUCUUCAACUGGUUCGGCGAGAAUAAGCUCAACGCCAUGUACGACCACACCAUGUACGCCCUCAAGCCCAAACACAGGCUUUUCAGUCAAAUCCCGGUGAUCAACGACGACCUCCCUUUCAAGAUCCUGUCGGGCUCGGUGAUCAUCAAGCCCAACGUGAAGGAAGUCCGCGGCUCCUCGGUGAUCUUUGAAGAUGGCAGCGUCGUGGAGAAGGUGGAUGUGGUGGUGUUCGCCACUGGAUACAACUACAGUUUCCCCUUCCUGCCCCCGGCCCUGCAGGAGAAAUCGGGUUACCGCCUGUCCCUCUACAAGCACGUGUUCCCACCGAGGCUCUCCAGACCGUCGCUGGCCGUGGUGGGUUUCGUCCACGGGCUGGGGUCUCUCACCCCGUUGGCCAAGAUGCAGGCUCGCUGGGCUACCAGAGUUUUUAAAGGUUUAUCAAAUUUACCCCCCGAGGAGAUGAUGCUGGAUGAAAUUGCAACAGAUACGGCAACCAUGCACAAAAAGUACGCUUGCUCUGACCGCACCCCCAUCCAGGUGGACUACCUCCCCUACCUGGACUCCUUGGCGGCUCUGAUCGGGGUUCGCCCGAACAUCACGCGGCUGCUUCUGAGCGAUCCCAGACUGGCGUUGCAGGUGCUGUUCGGGCCGUGCACAUCGUACCAGUACAGACUGAGCGGGCCAGGUCGGUGGGCUGGAGCUCGCCGGGCCAUUUUCACCCAGUGGAAUCGGGUGGUUCGCCCGUUCAGUGCCAAAGCGGUACCGAAAUCCGUCAAGAUUCGAUUCGUACCGAGACCGGCGACGCCGUCCAAAGAUGAACCAGAGCCCGGGCGUGCCAACAUCUACCGCUCAGUGGUCAUCAACACCUCCAAGGAGAUGAUGACUUUCAGCGACUUCCCCCCGCCAGGCCACUUCCCCAACAACAUGCACCACUCGGAGGUGCUGCUCUACCUCCGCCUCUAUGCCCAGUCCUUCGGCUUGCUGCAACGCAUCCGCUUCCAGACCACUGUGGUCGGCAUGAGGCCGACUCCGGACUUUCCAGCUACCGGUCGUUGGGAGGUGGAGACCGAGCGGCGCAACGGCCAGCGGGAGAGUCAGGUUUUCGAUGCCGUGAUGGUCUGCACUGGACACUACACUACGCCACACCUGCCCCUCACCGACUUCCCAGGUAUAGAGAUCUUCGAAGGCAAGUAUUUCCACAGUUGGGAAUACCGCAGCUUCGACGGUCUGCAAGGGAAACGCGUGGUGGUCGUCGGCAUGGGGAACUCUGGAGGGGACAUCGCCGUGGAUAUCAGUCAAGUGGCCGAGAAAGUAUACCUCAGCACCAGGAGCGGCGCAUGGGUGCUGGGCCGCUUGGGACCAGGGGGCCUCCCGCGGGACUUCUUUGGGUCCUCCCGGCUAGAUGCGCUGAAGAGGAAGCUGUUCCUUUCAUGGGUCAACCAGAAGAUAGAGAAAAAGCUCAAUCGGGCCUUCGAUCACCGACUCUAUGGGAUCAGACCAAAACACGCCUUUUAUUCUCAGAUUCCCGUGGUGAACGACGACCUGGCGGCUCGCAUCCUCGCAGGACGUGUGCAGGUCAAGCCCAACCUAAAACGUUUCACCGCUACUGACGCCAUCUUUGACGACGGCACUGUGGUACAUGACGUGGACGUGGUUUUGUUUGCCACGGGCUACGACUACAGCUUGCCCUUCCUGCCCGCCGACCUGCAGGGGAAGUGCGGUCCGGGCUCCCAACACCGCCUCUACCGCCACGUGUUUGCGCUCGGCCUGGUCCGGCCCACGCUGGCCAUGAUUGGCUUGAUUGACGGGUUCGGAGCCGUCAACCUCCUGGCAGAGUUGCAGGCUCGCUGGGCCACUCGGGUUUUUAAAGGUUUGAUUGGUCUCCCCUCACACGAGGUCAUGGAGGAGGACAUUGAGAAAGAAAGGGCAACCAUGCGCAAAAGGUUCACCAAGGCCGAGAAGAACCCCCUUCAAGUGGACUUCCUCCCGUACUUGGACUCCCUGGCCGAGGAGGCGGGGGUUCGACCCAACAUCUUGCGCCUCUUCCUGAGCGACCCCAAGCUGGCGUGGCGGGUGCUGUCAGGCCCGUGCACCCCUUAUCAGUUCCGCCUGAGUGGGCCGGGCAAGUGGGACGGCGCCCGCCGGGCCAUUCUCACCCAGUGGGAGCGAGUGCACCAGCCUUUCCGAAGCCGACGAGCGGAACCCGGACCGCAGACUGCAACGCCUUAUGGUCUCAUUGGGCUUUUGUCCGGUGUUGCCAUCCUGACUUUCUGCUUCUGGAAGAAUCAUCGGCUGCUCUCCUUUUUCUUCUUAUAGAAUAAUAUCACAUUUUUAUGGAAAUCACGUCGCCUGCUGUCAC